AUGGAGGUGGGGACAUUAUUAAUGCAAGCAAAUCAAGCUUCCAUCAAUGAACAAAUGUUACUUGAAGAAGGAAUGUCAAGCACAACAAUUGAGGGCAUAAAUGAGUCAUACAUACCUCAUUUUGGUGAAGAAGUAGCUGAUUUCAUAAUUGAGGACAAUACAAAAAGAAAAAAGAAGUUGGAGGAAAUCCAACUAGUAAUAUCUGAUUGCAGAGUCAACACAAUAGAGCAAGGGCAAAUUUACAAGGAUAAGAACACAAUCAAAUCAACUCUUAGCUACUAUGCAAUGCUGCAUAACUUCCAGUUCAAAACAAAAAGAUCAGAACCUAGAGAGUACCUAGUUACUUGCGCAAAUGAAACAUGCAACUGGUUGGUGAGAGCAUCUAAGUACAGAAAUCAAGAUUUAUUCAAGGUACGGAAAUGCAAUCCAAAUCAUACUUGCUCUGUUGAAAUUGUUUUGGAAGAUCAUAGGCAAGCAAAAAGCAUCGUAGUUGGGGAAUUAAUAAAGAAUAAGUACAAGUCAAUCAAAAGAAAUUACAUUCCAAAUGACAUCAUGAAUGAUAUGAAUGAUGACUUCGGAGUAACUAUGGGAUACACAAAAGCAUGGAGAUCAAGAGAGAAAGCUUUGCGUCUAGUAAGAAGGAACCCCAAUGUUUCAUAUCAAAAGUUGCCAAUGUAUCUUUACAUGUUGAAGCAAGCCAAUCUAGGAACAAUAACACACCUACUCACAGACAAGGAAGAUAGAUUCAAAUACCUAUACAUAGCUUUCUCUAACUCAAUCAAGGACUCUGAAUAUGAUAACUCAUGGCUUUGGUUCUUCUCCAAACUAAGAGACACCUAUGGAGAACCCGAAGGAUUGACUAUAGUUUCUGACAGACAUAAGAGCAUAGACAAUGCAGUACAUAUGGUGUACCCAAAUGCUUUCCAUGGAGCUUGCAUGUUUCACUUGCUCAAUAAUUUGAAAAGCAAGUAUGAGAGUCAUGGAGAAGAGCUACAAAUAAAAUUCAUUGCAGCAGCAAAAGCAUACACAAAAACAGAAUGUGAACACUACAUGAGAGGCCUUGAUAGAAUUGACAGACGCAUUAGACCCUAUUUAGAAAAUACCAAGUAUGAAACUUAG